AUGGCAUAAAUUUCAUAAAAGCAAAGAGGAGUCUUCUCUGAAGUGUUAGACCCUACUUUACCUAGUGAAUACAAUGUCAAGAAUUAUAAUUAGGGUCCAUCACCUGACUUAAUCAUGACAACUAUAAGUCGGUAAACAAUUCCAAAGGCAAUCUCCUUGCAACGGUUACAAACAUCAAGUUGUAAUCGACAAUAAUUGCGAUCUGAUUUGACAUCUCGACAAGUACCAAGGAAUCAAUUAAAGACAAGAUAAAAAAACGAACAAGUUACAAGUGUAGAACCAAAAGUAAUUAAAAAUGUGGCAUUAUUAGGUUAUAUUACCAUAUGAUCCUAUUCCUGGUGAAGUACCAAGAAAAGUGGCUAUUGAUAGAAAAAGAAAGGAGUUUCGAUCUCUUGAUUUUAAUAGAUUACUUUAAGAAGCUGGAAUUGAUUUUAAAUAAAAGGAUUAAAUAGUAGAGUGGUUAAAACUUGAAUAUUUUGAUGAUACUACAUAUGAUGAUAAUAGUAAUGAGGAUUGGAUAAGAAGAGAAGAAGAUGAAGAAGGAAUUAAACAUCCACUAUUAGGUUUGGGAUUAAGAGGAGAUGAAUAUUAAUAUUUAGAAAUUUUAGAAUAUAAAUCUGAGAAAUUUAUAGGCAAAUGGUUGAAAGAUGAUGUUAGAUUAGAAUUACAUAGAUUAUAUAUUUGUUUUGAUGCAGAAGAUCCACGUAAAUAUGUUAAGAGAUUAAAUAAUGCAUUUUAAUAAAGAAUAUAUGCUGAUGCUCUUGUUAGAUAUAAUUAUUUCAUAGAUAAUAUGUCAUUAUUUGAUUUAAGUGAAUUAGACAAUGAAUAAAAGAAAAGAAUAGAAUAGAAUGCAAAGACAAAGAAGUUAGAAGCUAUGGAAACAACUUAAUUACUUCUUGAAGUUAAUAUGGAUUUUUAGAGAACUAUGAAUAAAAUAAUAUUUGAUAAAUAUUUAGAUGAUGAAUAAUAAGAUGAAAACUAUCCAAAAUUGAGAUUACCUGCAAAAGAGAAAAAGAAAGAAGUUCGUUAUUAUGGUUGGAUGGAACUUGAAGCAUCUAAAGGAGUUAUGGAAAAAUGGAUGUUUAAAUAUGAUGAACCAUUUAUCAGAAAACCUUUGACUUUUGAUGAAUUAAAUAAGAAUUUUGGAUUUUCUACCUUAUAUGUAAGUUAAGAAGUAGUUAAGGCUUUAUAAGAUAUAAGACAUGAAUGCAAUUAAGUUUUAAAGGAGAGUUUAUUUGAUUUCUCUAAGAGAGAAGGUGCUUUACAUUUAGAUGAAUUUAAACAUAUGUAAGAAAAUGCCACUACUUCAUUGAUGUAUCAAUUAAAAGGAACAUGGGUACCUACUAUGAUCAAGAUUAUUAAAGAUAGGUUUGCUGAAAUUGGAAAAGGAUGGUUCAAUAUGAAAGAGACAUCUAAAAUCACAUAUGACUUUGGUAAAUUGAAACGUAUGUUAACAGUUAUUAGAUUGAUGAUGUAAGACACAAUAACAACACUUAUGAAAUCAAAUUUUGAUAGAUAUUAGAAGACAAUUAAAAGCAAUAUACCUAUAAAUGUUGAUAUUAAAAAUACAGAUUGGGUAUUGAAUCAUUAUGAUGAUGGUUAUAAGGCUGACAAUAGAGUUCAAGUAUUUAGUCAUGAUAGAAAAUUACCCUUAUUUCAAAUAGAAUUAUUAGCAAAGGAUGAUUUCUUCUAAUUUACAACUAAUCCUACUUUAUAUGUUUUAAUAUCAUUGUAAGCAAUGAAAAAAGCAGUAGAUGAAAUGGCUAAGAUACCAGAUUUAGAACCAAGAAUAUUGUCUGAUUUACAUAAAUCUUAAAAACUAGAAACUUUCAUUAAGGCACCAAUAAUGCCAAUAUAAGAACCUGUUGAACCAGAUCCUAAUGAAAGACCUAGGAAAUUUGCUGAUGAAAAUAAAUGGGUUUGGGAUACAUAUUAUAAUGUAAAAGCAUCUAUUGAGGAAGCAUUAAAACCAUUAGAAUAAUACAAAACUGUUUUUAAUAAAUAUAUUCCAGUUUUAAAAUUAAGACCAGAUGAUGUUGCAAGAGAUAUUGAAUUAGAAGAUCCUCCAAGAGAAUUUGAAUCAAUUCGUGAUGAAAUAAUUAAAGCGACUUAGAAGGAAAAAUAAUUAAAUGAAGAAAUAUUGGAUUGUAUACAUGUAGGAAUGUUUGAAAUUCAUUUGAAUGAAGCUAAAGGAAUAUUAAUUGAAAGAUAUUAAGCACUUUAAAAAAAUCUAAUUGAUCUAAUUGCUAGAAGAGCAAGAAAUACAAGUAUUAGAAUAUUUUAAGAAUUUGGUGAUAUCAAGAAGACAAUUCUUGAGGAACCAGAUACAAUAGAAAAGUUGACAAUAUUAAAGGAAUAUAUAAGUAAUUUACCAUAAGAGUUGGAGAAAAUGAAAGUGAAAAUGAAUUAAUUAUUUGAUGUAUUCAAAAUGUUGGAAGAAUUUAAUUAUAGAUUUCCAUUAGAUGAUUUUCAAAGAAGAUGGAAGAUAUUUGGAAGUCCUAAAGAAAUAAAGGAAAUGGUUGAAGUGAGAAAUGGAUAAUUGGAGAAAUUAAAAGUUAAAUUUUCUGAUGAUGCUAAAGUUUAAUAAGAAGAUUUUAAAGAGUAGAUUGAUAAUUUGGAAAGAACUAUUCAAGAAUUUCAUAAACAUUAAGAUGUUAGUAAAAAUAAAGAAAUGGCAGAAGUAGUUGAAUAUGUGAUGAAGUAAAUAAGUGAGUUUUAGGAUUAAGCUAGUAAAUUCAAUAUGUAAGAAGCAUUAUUUGAUAAACCUUAAACUGAUUAUUCUAAAUUGAAUUCUAUGUCUAGAGAAUUUAAACCUUAUUAUGAUUUAUGGUCAAGCACUUAUAAAUUUAAGAGUGGUAUCAAAUUAUGGUUGAAUGAUGAUUUUAUGAAUGUUGAUGCUGAUGAAUGUGAAAAGAUAGUUGAGGAAGGUGUUAAAAAUAUCUAGACAGCUAUGAGAACUAUUCAAGUAACAGGUAUCCAGAAGAUUGCUGAAGCUGUAAAAGCAGAAAUUGAUGAAUUUAGACCAAAAGUACCAUUAUUAUCAGCUCUUAGGAAAAAAGGUAUGACUGUAAGACAUUGGACAUAGGUAUCUUAAUUGAAAGGUCUAGAUCAUGUUAUUAAUCCUGAAGAAUAGGGAUUCUGUUUUUAAACAAUUUUGAAUGAUGGAUUUAUGGAUGUUAUUGAUAAAGUUGUUAAUGUUGGAGAAACUGCAAGUAAAGAAUACUAAAUAGAAAUGAUGCUUGAUAAUAUGCUUAAUGCUUGGGAGAAUAUUAAAUUUUAAUGUGUUUAAUACAAAAACACAUUUAUUCUUAAAGGAUUUGAUGAAAUUUAAAUUGUUUUAGAUGAACAUAUUAUUAAUACUUCAGCAAUGGUAUUUUCACCAUUUAAGAAAUUCUUUGAAGAAAGAAUUAGUGAAUGGGACAAAUCAUUGAGAAAGAUUUAAGAUAUAUUAGAAGAAUGGGCAAAAUUUUAAUAAUAAUGGAUGUAUUUAUAACCAAUUUUCGAUUCAUAAGAUAUUGCUAAAUAAUUACCAGCAGAAACUAAGAAAUUUAAAACUGUUGAUUAAACAUGGAGAACUACAGUUACACAAGCAAAGGCUAAAGAAAAAGUAUUGGAUGUAUGUAUUGAGGAUGGAUUAUGGGAAAGAUUACAUGAAGCUAAUAAAACAUUAGAAAUGGUUUAAAAAGAAUUAAAUAAUUAUUUGGAAAAGAAAAGAGAGAAGUUUGCUAGAUUUUACUUUUUAUCUAAUGAUGAAUUAUUAGAAAUUCUAUCAUAAACUAAAGAACCAACAGCUGUAUAACCUCAUCUUAAAAAAGUAUUUGAGAAUAUUAAUUCAAUUGAAUUUGAUAAGGAUAAGAAAAUUCAUGCUAUGUUUUCAGCUGAAAAGGAAAAAGUACCAUUUGUAAAAAUAGUUGAUCCAAAUAAAAAGAAUGUUGAAGAAUGGAUGAAUGAAGUUGAAAAUAUGAUGAAAUUAUCAGUUCGAUAAGCAUUGAUGGUUAGUAUUGAAAAUUAUACACAAAUUAAGAGAGAAGAAUGGGUUUUGAAACAUCCUGGUUAAUGUGUAUUGAAUGGAUCAUAAGUGCAUUGGACUAAAGAAGUAGAAACAGCAAUUGAUGGAUAGAAUUUAAAAGGAUAUUUCAAAUAAUUAGAAGAAUAAUUAGGAUCCUUAGUUGAUUUAGUUAGAACUAAAUUAUCAAAGUAAGCUAUGGUUACAAUAAAUGCUUUAAUUGUCAUUGAUGUACAUGCCAAAGAUGUAGUAUAGAAGAUGGUGGAUGGUGAAGUAUAUGAUAAGUUCGCUUUUGAAUGGAUAUCAUAAUUAAGAUAUUAUUGGGAGAAUCAAUAAGUAGAUUUUGAUUGUUGGGUAAAAUGUGUAUAAACUAAUUUCCCAUAUGGUUAUGAAUAUCUAGGAAAUACAUUAAGAUUAGUUAUUACUCCAUUAACUGAUAAAUGUUAUAUGACAUUGAUGGGUGCAUUAAGAUUGAAUUUGGGAGGAGCUCCAGCAGGACCAGCUGGUACAGGUAAAACUGAAUCAACAAAGGAUUUAGCUAAAGCUUUAGCAAAAUAAUGUGUAGUGUUUAAUUGUUCAGACUCUAUGGAUUUUAUUAUGGUUGGUAAGUUCUUUAAGGGAUUAGCAUCUGCUGGUGCUUGGGCUUGUUUUGAUGAAUUCAAUCGUAUCAAUAUUGAAGUGUUAUCAGUUAUUGCAUAAUAAUUGUUAGUAUUAUUUGGAGAAAAAGCAAAAGGAACUCCAUAAGUUGAAUUUGAAGGUUCAUUUAUUAAAAUUUUGCCUACAUUUUCAGUAUUUAUCACUAUGAAUCCUGGUUAUGCUGGAAGAACAGAAUUACCUGAUAAUUUGAAGGCCCUUUUUAGACCAGUGGCUAUGAUGGUUCCAGAUUAUGCUAUGAUUGGAGAAAUUAUGCUUUAUUCUUUUGGUUUUAAAUUAGGAAGAGAUUUAUCUAAAAAGAUGGUUACUACAUUCAAAUUAAGUUCAGAAUAAUUAUCAUCUUAAGAUCAUUAUGAUUAUGGUAUGAGAGCAGUAAGAUCUGUGAUUAAUGCAGCAGGUCUAUUAAAAGUUCAAUUCCCAGAUAUGAAUGAAGAAUAAUUAUUAUUAAGAGCACUUAGAGAUGUAAAUGUUCCUAAAUUUUUGAAAGAUGAUCUACCAUUAUUUGAAAAUAUCAUAUCAGAUUUAUUCCCUGGUUUAGAGAGACCAUAAUAUGAUUAUGGUAAAUUGAUUCCAGAAUUAUCAUUAUAAUGUGAAAAGUAUAUUUUCAAAGAAUAACCAUAUCCUGUUCAACCUGUCUAACCAUUUAUUGAUAAGGUUUUAUAACUUUAUGAUACAAUUUAAGUUAGACAUGGAUUAAUGUUAGUAGGUCCAACAGGAGGUGGAAAGACAACUAAUUACUAAAUUCUCUCAAAAUCUAUGACAAAAUUAGGAGAAGCAAAUGGUUUUUAUAAGGUACAUACUCACGUAUUGAAUCCAAAAUCUAUUACUAUGGGUUAAUUAUAUGGAUAAUUUAAUGAGUAGACUCAUGAAUGGACUGAUGGAGUCUUAGCAUAUAUGGUUAGAGAAGCAGUUAAAGACACAAGUUCAGAUAGACAUUGGAUAAUGUUUGAUGGACCUGUUGAUGCCUUAUGGAUAGAAUCCAUGAAUACAGUAUUGGAUGAUAACAAGAAAUUGUGUUUGAAUAGUGGUUAGAUUUUGACAUUAACUCAAUAUAUGACUAUGAUGUUUGAAGUUGAAGAUUUGGCUGUCGCUUCACCAGCCACUGUUUCAAGAUGUGGUAUGGUAUACAUGGAGCCUAGAGCAAUGGGGAUAUAACCAUUAAUUGAUUCUUAUAUUUAAAGGUUCCCUUAAAACAUUAAAAAUAAAAAGAAGGAUGUUUUAAAUAAUUUAAGUAAGUGGUUCUAGCAAUAUGUGGAAGAGGCUCUAGAAUUUACAUACAAGCAUUGUAAAGAAGUUAUUCCUACAAUGAGAAACAAUUUAGUAUAAUCAUAAUAGAGAAUUAUCGAUAGUUUAAUUUCUCCUUAUGUAGAAACUGAAAUUAAGAAAGUUUCAGUUGAUGAACUUGACUAAUUGAAUCAGAAUAUUGAAUAUUUCUUCCAUUAUUCCUUAGUUUGGAGUCUUAUGGUUACAGGAGAUUUUUAAAGUAGAUAAAAAUGUGAUAAGUUUCAUAGAUAAUAGAUGUAAAAGUAUAAAGCAAACUUUGAAUAUCCAAAAGAAGGUUUGAUUUAUGAUUACUAAGUGAAUUUAUAACCAUGGAGUGAUACAUAUUAAUCAUUUGAAAUUGAUUAGAAAUUAUAAUUCCAUGAAAUUGUUAUACCUACUACUGAUUCAGUUCGUAACAUGUAUUUGAUGAAAUUACUACUAACUAAUAAUUUCCAUGUAUGUUGUCCAGGACCUACUGGUACAGGUAAAUCGUAGAAUUCUUAUCAAUUAUUGAUUAUGGGCAUGCCUGAAGACUUUUAAUAUGUUCCCUUAACUUUUAGUGCUUAGACAUCAGCAAAUUAAACAUAAGAUACAAUUGAUUCUUGGAUUGAUAAAAGAAGAAAAGGUGUUAGAGGACCACCUGUUGGAAAGAGAUAAGUCAUUUUUGUAGAUGAUUUAAAUAUGCCUAAGAAAGAAGAAUAUGGUGCUUAACCACCCAUAGAAUUGAUUAGAUAAAUAUUAGAUCAUUAAGGUUGGUAUAAUAGAUAAGAUCUACAAUUUGUCAAAUUAGAAGGAUUACUUAUAUUGUCUGCUAUGGGACCUCCUGGUGGUGGUAGAAGUAACAUUACAGGAAGAGCAGUUAGACACUUUAAUGUUUUAGCAUAUACAGAAUUGGAUGAAGAUGUCAUUAAAACAAUAUUUUAAAAAAUAGUUUAAUUUUAUUAUAAGAAAUUCAGUGAGACAGUAUAAAUGUUAUAGAUGCAAAUGAUUAAUAGUGUUUUAAGUAUUUACAAUUCAGUCAGAAGAGAUUUGUUGCCUACUCCAUCUAAAAGUCAUUAUACUUUCAAUUUAAGAGAUAUUAAUAAAGUUUUUUAAGGAAUUUGUGGUAUUUUACCUAAAAACUGUUAAGAACCUGCUCAAUUAGUUAAAUUAUGGUAUCAUGAAAAUAUGAGAGUAUUUCAUGAUAGAUUGAUUAAUGAAUAAGAUCGUGUCUAUUUUAAAUAACUACUUACUCAAUAUUUUGUUGAUUUUGGAUUAAAAUUAGAAGAAGUCUUAGAUUAGGAAAGAAUUAUAUUUUGUGAUUUUCUAGGUAAUAGAGAUUUGGAUGUAAGGCCAUAUGUUUAGGUAUAGGGAGAUCUACAAUAUUUUGUUGGUUAAAUGGAAGAAUUAUUGGAUUAAUAUAAUAAGGAUGCUGGUAGUGGGAAAAAAUAGAUGAAAUUAGUUAUGUUCUUGGAUGCUUGUGAACACAUAACAAGAAUUAGUAGAAUACUUAGAUAACCUGGUGGAAAUGCUUUAUUAUUAGGUAUUGGUGGUAGUGGUAGAUAAUCAUUGACUAAGAUGGGAACAUAUUUAUAGAAUUAUAAAUUACAACAGAUAGAAGUUCUUAAAAAUUAUAAUAUGAGAGCUUGGAGAGAUGAUGUUAAAAAGAUUAUUAUGUUGGCUGGUGUUGAAAAUAAAUGUGUCUCAUUUGUAUUUGUUGAUACUCAAAUUAUUAAUGAAUAAAUGUUAGAAGAUAUAAAUGGUAUUUUAAAUUCUGGUGAUGUUACAAAUCUUUAUAAUGACAAAGAUAAUGAAGAUAUUACUUAAGCAUGCAAAGCAGAGUGUAUUAAAAAAGGACUUCCUCCUAAUAGAAUGAACAUAUUCUCUGUCUAUUUGGCAAGAGUAAAAAAAAAUAUGCAUAUGGUUAUUGCAAUGUCACCUAUAGGAGAUGCAUUUACAACAAGAUUAAGAAUGUUUCCAUCUUUAGUGAAUUGUUGCACAAUUGAUUGGUUUACUGAAUGGCCAGAAGAAGCACUUGAAGGUGUUGGAAGAGGAUAACUUGUAGAAGUAGCUUAAUAAUUAGAUUUAGAUAUAAAAAAUACAAGAUUGGUAGAUAUGUUUAAGUAUAUGCAUAAAUUUGUUGAAAAAUUAUCAUUAUAAUAUAAAUCUGAACUUAGAAGAAUUAAUUAUGUUACUCCAACUUCUUAUUUAGAAUUGUUAAGUUUAUAUAUCAAUAUUGUACAAGAUAAAAGAAAUGACUUAAAAGCAUAGAUUCUAAGACUUAAAAAUGGUUUAGAUAAAUUAUAGGAUGCUAAUAAAGCUGUUGCUGAAAUGAAAAUAGUUUUAGAGAAGAUGUAACCUGAAUUAGAAUAAGCAUAAAUAGAAACUACAAAAAUGAUGGAACAUCUGAAAGUAGAAAAAGAAGAAGCUGAUCAAACUUAAAGAGUUGUUGCUGUAUAAGAAGCUGAAGCCACUUAAUAAGCUAGAGAAGCUAAUUAAAUUGCCUAAGAAGCAGGUGAGAGAGUCAGAGUUGCUAAUGAAGAGUUAGCUUAAACAUUAUUGAAAGUUAAGGAAUUAUAAAAGGAUCAUUUAGUUGAAUUGAAAUCCUUAUCAUCUCCACCUGAAGCUGUAAAAGUUGUUUUAGCAGGUGUUGUGAUACUUACUACAGAUUAUAUUAAAAAAUCUGGAGGUGAAAUUAUCACAUAGCCAGUACCAAAUUAAAUUGGUAAGAAAGAAGAAAAUUAUUUUGAGACAGCUAAGAAAUAUUUACUUAAUGAUGUGAAUUCUUUAUUAUCAUUGUUAUUAGAGAAGUUUGAUAAAGAGAGUAUUAAUCCAGCUGCUAUUCUUAAGAUGGAAUAGAAAGUUACUUGUCAUCCUAAAUUUAAUUCAAAUGAUGCAUUUUAAGGAUCUAAAGCUACAGGUUAUUUGUUUGGUUGGUGUAAAUGUAUGUAUGAUUUCUACAAAGUAUAUACUGAAACUAAACCUUUAAGAGAAAAGUUAGCACUUAUGACAAAAAUAGUUGAAGAGAAAAAUAGAGAAUUAGCAAUAAGGAAAAAAGAAUUGGAUGAAAUUAAUGCAAAAAUAAGAGAAUUAUAAAGAGUUUUUGAUGAUAAGAAAAAAUAAUAAGAAGAUUUAUAGAAGAAGAUUAAAGAGUGUGAAGUUAAGUUGGAAAGAGCAUAAAAGUUAACAGAAGGAUUAAGUGAUGAAAAGGAAAGAUGGGCAAAAGAUAUUGAAAAUCUAACUAAUAGUGGUGGUUUAAUACCUGGUAAUUCUAUUAUAGCAGCAGGAAUGGUUGCAUAUUCUGGACCUUUUGUAUCUUAAUAUCGUAUAAAGAUGGAAUAAGAUUGGAGAGCUAAAUUAAAAGAAUAUAACAUUCCAUUUACUGAUUUAAUUUCAAUGAGAAAAUUUUUAGGUGAUGAAGUUAAAAUUCAAUAAUGGAAUAUUUGUGGAUUACCUAAAGAUGACACUUCUAUUGAAAAUGGUAUCAUCAUAGAUAAGAGUAGAAGAUGGACUUUAAUGAUUGAUCCAUAAUCUUAAGCUAAUAAAUAUGUAAAGACUAUGGGAAAAGAUUUACCAGAAGGAUUAGAUGUGUUAAAAUAAUCAGAUCAAAAUUUGAUGAGAACAUUAGAAUUAGCAAUUCAAUUUGGUAAAUGGGUUUUGGUAGAAAAUGUUGGAUUAUCUUUAGAUCCAUCUUUGGAACCUAUUCUAUUAUAAUAAAUCAAUAAGACUGGAUCAUCUGCUACAAUAUAAAUUGGUGAUAAAAAUCUACAAUAUAAUUUUAGUUUCAGAUUCUUUAUGACAACUACUUUACCAAAUCCUCAUUAUUCACCUGAAACUUCUGUUAAAGUAACAAUUAUCAAUUUUGCAAUUACUCCUUUAGGAUUAGAAGAGUAGAUGUUAGCAUAAAUUGUAGCAUUAGAGAAUCCUAAUUUAGAAAAUAAGAAGACAGAAAUAGUUAGAAAGAAUGCAUAAGAUAAAAAAGAAUUAGUUAAUAUAGAAGAUAGUAUUUUAAGAAGUUUAUCUGAAACAAAAGGUGAUAUUUCAGAAAUAUUGAUGGAUGAGACUUUAAUUAAUAAGUUAUAAAAUUCAAAGAAAUUUGCAGCAGAAAUUAAUCAAAGAGUGAAGGAUUCUAAAAUAACUGAAGCUUAAAUAGAUGAAGCAAGAGAAUCAUAUAGAUCAGUUGCAUUUAGAGCUUCAUUACUUUUCUUUUGUAUUAUAGAUUUAUCAACAAUUGAUCCUAUGUAUUAAUAUUCAUUAUAAUGGUUUAUCAACUUAUUUACACUGGGUGUUUAAAAUGCUCCAGCAUCAUAGGUUUUAGAAGAGAGAUUGAAUCAUCUUAAUAAUUUCUUUACAUAUAUGUUAUAUGAAAAUGUUUGUAGAUCAUUAUUUGAGAAACAUAAAUUACUAUUUUCAUUUAUGUUAACCUAUAAAAUAUUGAGUGCUGCUCAUAAAAUGAAUGAAGGAGAAUGGAGAUAUUUAUUAUAGGGUGCUACAGGAGAUGUUUAAUUGGCACCUAAUCCAACUGAAUGGAUUAGUGAAAAUACAUGGCCAGAAACAUAUAGAAAUAUAUAUGGUAUGUCAGAAUUAACUAAUUUUGAUGGUGUUUUAUCUGAUUUCAUGAGUAAUUCUGAUAAAUUUAAAACAAUCUUUGAUGCUCCCAAUCCUUAAGAUAUAGAAUUCCCAGAACCUUGGAAUGUUAAAUUAGAUUCUUUUUCAAGAAUAUUAUUAUUAAAAGCAAUUCGAAGUGAUAAAGUAAUUCCAGCUAUUUAAAAAUGGAUUAUAGAAAAGAUGGAUGAGAAAUUUAUCAUUCCACCUACUUUUGAUUUGAGUAAAUGCUACAAAGAUUCUACUCCAAAUACUCCACUCAUUUUUGUUUUAUCUCCUGGUUCAGAUCCUAUUGCAGAUCUAAUGAAAUUUGCAGAAGAAAUGAAUAUGACUAAAAGAAUUGAUUCAAUUUCUUUGGGAUAAGGAUAAGGUCCAAAAGCUGAAAAAUUAGUUAAAGAUGCUUUAGGAAGAGGUGGAUGGGCAUUGUUAAUGAAUUGUCAUUUAGCAACAUCUUGGAUGAAUGAUCUUGAAAAAUUAAAUGAAGAAAUNGGAUUAGAAGAGUAGAUGUUAGCAUAAAUUGUAGCAUUAGAGAAUCCUAAUUUAGAAAAUAAGAAGACAGAAAUAGUUAGAAAGAAUGCAUAAGAUAAAAAAGAAUUAGUUAAUAUAGAAGAUAGUAUUUUAAGAAGUUUAUCUGAAACAAAAGGUGAUAUUUCAGAAAUAUUGAUGGAUGAGACUCUAAUUAAUAAGUUAUAAAAUUCAAAGAAAUUUGCAGCAGAAAUUAAUCAAAGAGUGAAGGAUUCCAAAAUAACUGAAGCUCAAAUAGAUGAAGCAAGAGAAUCAUAUAGAUCAGUUGCAUUUAGAGCUUCAUUACUUUUCUUUUGUAUUAUAGAUUUAUCAACAAUUGAUCCUAUGUAUUAAUAUUCAUUAUAAUGGUUUAUCAACUUAUUUACACUGGGUGUUUAAAAUGCUCCAGCAUCAUAGGUUUUAGAAGAGAGAUUGAAUCAUCUUAAUAAUUUCUUUACAUAUAUGUUAUAUGAAAAUGUUUGUAGAUCAUUAUUUGAGAAACAUAAAUUACUAUUUUCAUUUAUGUUAACCUAUAAAAUAUUGAGUGCUGCUCAUAAAAUGAAUGAAGGAGAAUGGAGAUAUUUAUUAUAGGGUGCUACAGGAGAUGUUUAAUUAGUACCUAAUCCAACUGAAUGGAUUAGUGAAAAUACAUGGCCAGAAACAUAUAGAAAUAUAUAUGGUAUGUCAGAAUUAACUAAUUUUGAUGGUAUUUUGUCUGAUUUCAUGAGUAAUUCUGAUAAAUUUAAAACAAUCUUUGAUGCUCCCAAUCCUUAAGAUAUAGAAUUUCCUGAACCUUGGAAUGUUAAAUUAGAUUCUUUUUCAAGAAUAUUAUUAUUAAAAACAAUUAGAAGUGAUAAAGUAAUUCCAGCUAUUCAAAAAUGGAUUAUAGAAAAGAUGGAUGAGAAAUUUAUAAUCCCACCUACAUUUGAUUUGAGUAAAUGUUACAAGGAUUCUACUCCAAAUACACCACUUAUAUUUGUUUUGUCUCCUGGUUCAGAUCCUAUUGCAGAUCUCAUGAAAUUUGCAGAAGAAAUGAAUAUGACUAAAAGAAUUGAUUCUAUUUCUUUGGGAUAAGGUUAAGGUCCAAAGGCUGAAAAAUUAGUUAAAGAUGCUUUAGGUAGAGGUGGAUGGGCAUUAUUAAUGAAUUGUCAUUUAGCAACAUCUUGGAUGAAUGAUCUUGAAAAAUUAAAUGAAGAAAUGUAAGAUUAAGGAACAAAAGAUUUUAGAUUAUGGUUAACAUCUAUGCCUUCAAAGUCAUUCCCAACUAUUGUAUUGUAGAAUGGUGUAAAAAUGACACUUGAACCACCUAAAGGUCUUAGAAAUAAUAUGCUCAGAACUUACACUUAAUUAGAUGAUAAAACAUUAAAUGAUUGUAAGAAACCAGAAGAAUUCAAAAAAUUAUUAUUUGGAUUUACUUUAUUCCAUGCUAUUAUUUAGGAAAGAAGAAAAUUUGGAGCUAUUGGAUGGAAUAUUCCUUAUGAAUUCACUAAUGAAGAUCUUACUGUAUGUAGAAGACAACUAAAAAGUUUAUUAGAUGAUUAUGUACUUAUACCAUUCAAAGUUAUCAAUUAUCUUGGAGCAGAAAUUAAUUAUGGUGGCAGAGUUACUGAUGAUAAGGAUGUUAGAUUAAUAAAAACUAUCCUCAAAUUAUAUAUCUCUCAAGAAGCAUUAAAGGAAGGCUAUCAAUUUCUAGUUCCUACUUAUUACUAACCUAAUGUAGGUGAAAGAUAGAAUUACAUAGAGUAUAUAGAAAAAUUACCAUUGAAUCCUGAACCUGAAGCCUUUGGAUUACAUAGUAAUGCUGAAAUAACUAAUGCUUAGAAUGAAACUAGAAUUCUCUUAGAAACUCUAUAAUCUAUUCAACCAAGAACAUAAUAAGGAGCAGGAAAGUGUAGAGAAGAUGUUAUUGAAGAAUUAGCUAAUUUUGUUGAGUCUAAGACUCCUGAUUUAUUUGAUAUAGAUGAGAUUUCAAAUAGAUAUCCUACUGAUUAUCAAGAAUCUAUGAAUACUGUUUUAGUCCAAGAACUUAUACGUUAUAAUAGAUUGCUUGCUAUUAUGAAAACCACACUUUCUAAUGUGAAAAAAGCACUUAAAGGUUUAAUUGUGAUGUCUGAAGAAAUGGAAAAAUUAUCAAACAGUCUUUAUGAUAAUUAAGUACCUUAAUUAUGGGCAGAGAAAGGAUUUUUAAGUUUGAAACCCUUAGCUUCUUGGACUUAAGAUUUAUUAGAUAGAAUUGCAUUUCUUAAACAUUGGGUAGAUAAAGGAACACCAAAAGUUUUUUGGAUUUCUGGUUUCUUUUUCCCUUAAGCUUUUAUAACAGGAAUGGUACAAAACUAUGCUAGAAAACAUAUCAUUGCUAUUGAUAAAUUAUAAUAUGAGUAUAUAGUAUUGGAUACUUUAACUCAUACAGGAGUAACUGAAAAACCAGAAGAUGGAGUCUAUAUUUAUGGAAUCUUUCUUGAAGGAACUAAGUAUAUUAAUAUUUUAAAUUAAUUAGAUGGGAUUACAAGAGACAUUUGAUAUCAUAACCAAAAGUAAAGGAAUUAUAUUCAGAUUUACCUUUAAUGCACUUACUGCCAUAUGAUCCAUCAUAAGUUGAAGUAUAACCAAAAGAUCCAAAAGAGAAGAAAAUAUAUAAAUACCAAUGUCCAUUGUAUAAAGUAGUCUCAAGGGUAAAGAUUAAAAAUAAGUUUAGGCUGGUACACUCUCAACAACAGGACAUUCUACUAAUUUUGUUAUGCCACUUGAAUUACCUUCAAGAGAUGAUGAAGAUGUUUGGAUUAGAGCAGGUGCUGCAGCUUUCUUAUCAUUAAGAUAUUGA